AUGUUGGCCCAGGCCAAGGUUGAGACCAAGAUCUCAGCCUCUUUGGCUGAUGUUACUGGCCCAGACUCCUUGGUUGGUCCAGGUGCAAAGCCAGGUACCAUCCCAACCGAAUUUGACCAGGCUACUGGUUUGGAGAGAUUGGAGUACUUGGGUAAGUUGGAAGGUGUUGACGUCUUCGACAUGGAGAAGCCAAUCUUCGAAGGUUCUGGAUCUCUUAAGGACCCAUACUUGGUGCCAACUUACAUUGGAUACCGUUACGUCGGCUGCAGAGGUAAGGGUAACGAAGACCACAAGGCCUACUGGAUGAAGGUUGAGGAGGACAAGGCUUCCAGAUGCUGGCAAUGUGGUACUGUGUACACUGCCAAGUACUUGGGUGAGCCAGGUCACCACCACCACUAG